GAAAUCUGCUCGGCGGUGGACAGCUCCUUCUCGCACUUUCAUUUUCUCCAAACCGAAUUUUGCUUUGCUUUAAGUUUCUUUUCCCCGACUUUAGUCCACCUGCGUUUGGGGGAAAAAACAAGCCGCGCCCUGCUCGCUUCGGUUUCGUUUUCUUGGAGGGAGCAGUGAAGACAGACCCAGGACAAGCAUUCAAGAAGAGGCAACGCCAAGAGGCCCAGCAGCCGCUCCUUGGCACCGGGGCUUUUGAAGAAGGGUGAACAUUAACAAAGUCUUUUAGAGGUAAAUGUCAAGGCUUCGUGGCCGGCGUGUCACUCCUUCUGGAAGACGCAGUCGAGGACUUUGUAAAGAAAACUCUUCAGACGAGGAGAUGAGUGACCCACUGAGACCCCAGGGUUUUUCCCCCAACUAUCAGCCAAGUGGGCCUUUUGGCCUACCACAGUUCCCAGGGGGGAUUAAACUGGCUGCACCCAAUGUAUUUGGUCCAAUGAAAAAUGAAGGCAUUACUUUUAACACACUAUUCCUGCAAAAGGAGAAUUCAAAUCACCCGCUAGAAGAAAACCAAGCAAACAAGAAGCCAGAAAACACUUUAUACAACCAGUAUGAAGAGAAGAUCCGUCCUUGCAUUGACCUCAUUGACUCUUUGAGAGCUUUAGGCGUGGAAAAGGACUUGGCGCUGCCUGAAAUUGCUGUGAUUGGAGAUCAGAGUUCUGGGAAGAGUUCUGUUCUAGAAGCAUUGUCUGGAGUUGCUCUUCCAAGGGGCAGUGGCAUUGUUACCAGAUGUCCCUUAGCACUCAGGCUGAAGAAACUACCUGCUGAUCAUAUGUGGAAAGGGAAAAUCAAUUAUCUGGGAAAUGAUAUGGAACUCUCAAAUCCUUCACAAGUUGAAAAAGAAAUAAGAAGUGCUCAAAACAAAUUAGCUGGUGAAGGAGUUGGAAUUAGUGAUAAAUUAAUUAGCCUGGAAAUUAGUUCUCCAGAUGUUCCAGACUUGACACUGAUUGAUCUGCCAGGGAUUGCAAGAGUAGCAGUUGGUAACCAGCCAACAAAUAUUGGAGAACAGAUCAAAAAGCUUAUUAAAAAUUUUAUUGAUAAGGAAGAGACAGUAAAUUUAGUGGUGGUUCCAUGUAAUGUUGAUAUAGCCACAACCGAGGCAUUGAAGAUGGCUCAGGAGGUGGAUCCAGAAGGAGAAAGAACACUUGGAAUCCUGACAAAGCCUGAUUUGAUAGACAAAGGAACUGAGGGGACUGUGGUGAAAAUACUGAGAAACAUGGUCAUCCCCCUGAAAAAGGGAUAUAUGAUUGUGAAAUGCCGAGGUCAGCAAGACAUCCAAUCUAACCUGCCACUGGCCUCUGCAAUCCAGAAGGAGAAAUCAUUUUUUGAGAAUCAUAAAUGUUUUGCAAUGCUUCUACAAGAAAAAAGAGCCACGGUUCCCUUAUUGGCUGAGAAACUUACAAAUGAACUUGUGCAUCAUAUUAGAAGAUCUUUGCCCACUUUAGAAGAGCAAAUAAAUUAUCAGCUUCAAAAAGCAAACGACGAAAUACGCAGAUAUGGCAAAAAUGUGCCAAAUGCAGAAGGCGAGAGGCUAUAUUUUUUAACAAAUAAAAUCCAACUGUUUAAUACAGACAUCAACAGUUCAGUUCAAGGAGAAGAAAAAUUGUCUGAUAACGAUACCAGGCUGUGCACCAAAAUUCGUAAAGAAUUUCAGAAAUGGGGCCAGAUUGUUGCUGAGAAUGGCAAAAACAUUGAAAAAUCCCUCCGUCCUGAGGAGUGGAGAUUUGAAAAUCAGUAUCGUGGGCGAGAGCUACCAGGUUUUAUCAAUUACAGAACAUUUGAAAGUUUUGUAAGGAAGCAUAUUAUAGCUCUGGAACAUCCUGCUGUUGAAGUACUAAAUAAAGUGGCUGAAAUAGUGCGUCAAGGAUUCACAGAGGUUGCAAAGGCUGAGUUUGAAGAUUUCCCCCAUCUUUAUCAACAAGCUAAGAAAAUAAUUGAAAGUAUUAAGGAGAAACGAACAGCACAAGCUGAAGGUCUAAUUAGAAUCCAGUUUGAAAUGGAACAGAAGUUAUUUUGCCAGGAUGAUGUCUACAGGAAAGAUCUAAGCAUUAUAAAAGAGAAAACCAAGGAAGGAGAAUCUUUCGUGAUCUUUUCUGGAUCUCUGGAUGGGAAAAAAACUCUAAGCUCCAUGGGCACUGGUAUCAAUUUGGGAGGCAUUCCCACACAGGGAGAUAUUUCCAUCACAGAAAUUACUUAUCAUUUGAAGACAUACUUCAAUAGUGCAGGAGGCCGUUUGUCUUGCCAAAUCCCUCUCAUUAUCCAGUUCUAUGUACUCCAGAAAUAUGGCGACAACCUCCAAAAUGAAAUGCUGCAACUACUUCAACGUAGAGACAUGCUGAGUAUUUUGCUCCAGGAGCGCAAAGAUGCUGCUGAACAGAGGCAGCUUCUGUCUGACCGCAUUCGUCGUCUGACUGAAGCAAGGAGCCACUUGGCCAAAUUUUCUAGUUAAAAAGAUAAUGCAUCACCCAAUGUACUGUUUCUUAAAAGUUAGUGGGCUAAACAGGUAUCUCUUAAAGUAAAGCGGUUCUUAGUUCUAUCCUUUGACAUCUUGUUGGACUAUAACACCCACUUUUCCUCACUAUUGGCUGCAUUGUCUAGGGCUAAUGGGACUUGCAAUCUAGAGUUACUUACAUACCUCCAAGGCACCAAAUCCCCUCUGAUAUUAGAAGCUGAAUAUGAGCAAGCCUGGUUAGUAAUUGGAAGGAAGGCCCCAGGGAAUAACUAAUGCCAUAGGCUAUAUUCAGAUCAAGGCAAUGGCAAACCUCUUUUGACUAAAUCAUGGGAUGAAAACUCUUGGAUAGGGCUCCCCUAAAGACGAGUCAACAUGAGAUGUCAGCGUGGGGGUCAGGGUGCGUGCUGGGUGGGUUUCUCCAAACUCCAUCAAUCAUCUUCUCCAGCACCCUGAUGAAUUGGUGAAUCGGCUGCCUCACCAAUUCCUCUGUUCAGUGUCAGACUCUGAGACAUCUGUAGUCUGAAGUCCAAACAUUUAUUUCAAUAUCUACAUAUUACAAAGCACAGCAAAAGCCAUCGCUCUGAGCUGGCAUUCUUCUAUUUAGCUUCUCGCUCCGGCAGGCACAGCUCAACACUCAGAGAUAAGGAAAAACACAUUCCUCAGUCUGCAGGAAGUCCCUGACCUCCAAGGCCAGAAAGCAUGCCUGAUAGGUCAUAGCAGAUUCAUUACUGAAACACACACUCUUGCCUAACAGCAGAAAACACUUGAUUUACAUUUCAUACACAUACAACCAUAAUCCAAGAUGAGAUACAUCAGUUUUGUCUCUGCCUCUAUAUAGGAGAGCCAGCUAGUUAUAGUGGUUUCAGCAUUGGACUGUGACUCUGGAGACCAGGAUUCAGAUCCUCAGUAGGCUAUGGAAACCUGUGUGACCUUGGACAAGUCACACACACUCAAUCUUAUCAGAAGGCAAAGGCAGAAUCCCAUAAUAGGGUUGCCAUCAGUCAGAAAUUACUUGAAGGCACAAAAUACCAAAUAAGGGGAAAGGAUUCUAUUCUAUACAGGCAUAAAAUAUGCAACCAGAUCCAUUGUAAAAUCAAGUCAGAAGAAAAAUGUAUAUGGGUGAGAAAAAUAAAGUACACAAGUUGUGAUCCUUAUGGACAAAAUAAAAUAGCCACAGUUGCAGAAGCCACUAGGGAUUGUUGGCAAACGAAACCUCCCUAUCGGGAGUGAAAAUUACCUGCUGUAAGACCUCAGUCCUUGUUCAUUUUUUUGUAUUUGUUCAAAGGCAAGGGCUCUACGCACCAAAACCAUUCAGAUCCCCUUCUGUAGGAUAUGUUGAAAUCGUGCAUUUUCUCAGACAAUGUUGGACCCCAUUCCCAACAUUCCUCCCCAUUUGCUUAUGCUCUUACAUUCUACAUUAUAUGCACUUUCUCUGGCCCAGUUCAUUUUUAGAAGCCUACCCAGGUUUUUAUCCAAGUAUGUCUUACUGUAAAUGUGAUUUUAAUAUAUUUUUAUUUGUUUUUAUAUUAUGGUGCUUUUUAUACUGACUGUAUUCACCUGGCCCUGGUCCCAUAUAAGCGGCCCCGAGUCCCUUCGGGGAGAUGGAGGUGGGGUAUAAAAAUAAAGUUAUUAUCAGCCAGCUAAGACAUGCAGACCAACAAAAUUUGCAGCCCUCGUGAUUCUCACCUGUCUAUAGGACUGUAGUUCUUAGUAGAUUUAACCAUAUGAAUUAGCCAGAGAAAGCCAAAAGAUUGUAAAACGUUUAUUUACGGUUUUUUGUAUAAGAUGCAUAUUACAAAUACAAAAUGUUAACUUAAAUGAUCACUAGUUAGCAAAUCUAUAAAAUGCAUGUAUUUGAUUAAAGCAAGCACUCAAUGAUA